ACUGUAGAUUAUUUAAUUUAACAUCAUUCUGUUCUGUUAUUUUACAAUUUAUUAUUUAUCACUUAAUGUAGACUUAAUGCUUUUUUGAAUGCAAGCUUCGUUUAAAAUUUGUUUACAAUAAUCACGGUUGUUUUAUAAACACAGGAUAUGUACAGUUACCCAAAACGAUUCCCAACCCACUUAGUGUACACAUACAUCAAACUGUAGGCUGGCAGUUCGUUCAGCUGCCGCCGCUGCGCUGUAGUCGCGCGCGUCACGAAAAACGAGGCUUGAACCUUUGGCGAGUGCCGCCAUUCUCGUCCGAUAGAAAAACGGGACUGAACGUGUGAAGAGUGGAAAAAGGUCCAUUGCAAUAAAGUAUUAAUUGGCAAAACUUUAGUGUUCUUCCUUUAAUUAGCAUAAAACGCGGAUGGAGCGGUCUGGCUCUUGAAGAAGACUAAAAUUAGCCUUCACCCGACAAAACGGUGCCGCCAUCUAGCGUUCACGAGCCGCGGCUCGCUUCUCAAACCUGAGAUAGAAGUCGCGACUCGCUACGUGCCGCUACUGUCCAAUGUCCAAGACGGAAUAUCGAGAGGUGGUAUUGUGGACUUAUCACGUGGUCCCGGCGAAGAGACAACGACAACGUACUUCUUUAUUUUCUUCGGCAUUUUCUAUCUAUCGGGUACAGUCUAUGCGUACGAAGUGAGCUGGCUAAACGAUUCAACAGUGUAAUAUAAAAAACAUAAUUAAUCCGAGAAGUGUGAAACGAUGAAACUUGAACCACCAGUUUUCCCUGAACAUUUCUUUUAAAUACUUGUCCUCGGCUAUCGUCAGAGAGUGAUCGAAAAUACUCGUUGCACCUGCUACUCGCUGUACCUUAAAUGGUAAACAAAUUACUAAGCUAUAAUAACUUUUGAGCUGUGGGUGGCUAUACUGCUACUAAAGACUUGGACUUCCCCUUGGUAAUGGGUGUUGCCACAUGGGUUCUGGACUGGAUUCUAUUCAUCAGUUGAUUUUCCACCGGGCAGACAGUAACCUGCUGUACGAUUCGUAGAGGCGGUAAAAAAACAUUAGUACAUAUUGCUGAGGAGAUUAGACAAUUUGAAAUUAGUAUAAUCCAUUGAGUAUUAUAGAUCGAGUCGUAAUGAGUAAGACCCCAAUAACUAUUUUGCAAGAGAUGAUGGCGAAAAAGCAGAAAAUGCCUACUUACGAGCUUAUAGUUAACGGAGGAGGGACUCACAUAAACACUUUUGUGUACAAAGUAUCCUGCGACGGCCUAUCAGCAACUGGCGAAGGGAGGUCUAAGAAAGACGCGAAGCACGAAGCUGCGAACGCGAUGUUGAAAGCUAUCGCUGCCCAUAGAAGUUAUCCGCAGUUGCCGGCGUCACCGGCGGAAUCUCCCGUUAGAACGCCUCUGCCGCCAAAAAUACCGAAGGUGCAGCAGAACGAACCAUUCGUGAAUGCAGUUGGUAAUCUCCAGACUCUGUGCACUGACAACAAUUUGAAUUCACCUGAAUAUCAAUUGAUCAGCGAUGUCGGGCCUUCGCACGCUAAAAUUUUCACCAUUCAGUGUAGGGUGACUACUUUUGUUGAAACUGGCAUCGCGAAAACGAAGAAACUGGCUAAGCAAGAGGCUGCAAAGAAGAUGGUAGACAAACUGAGCGACUUGAUACCUGACUUAUCUCAAAUAGAGACAAAGCAGUACGACGAGGAGAGUCAUCAGCUUGCCAAAGCUCGGUACCCCGCACUAUCCAGGUUACCAAAAAAGAUCAGUAUGGGCGUUAAAACAUCGGACUACCAUACGAUAUUCAGAGAUUCCCUUGAGCCCGACGUGCGAAAAGAGUUGAUUUCUAAAUUAAAGACUCUCGUCGAAGAUAAAAGCACGACCAAAGUUGUCACGCCGGCCGAUGUACUAGAGUUAACGAAUAAGUUCAAGGAAGUAUUGGCGUUUGUCAAUUUAGAAAUGGUGGUUCUUGAUAUUUCAUCGAAAGAAAAUACAUUUGUCGUGGCUAUGAGAGUGAACACUUCCCCUGAUAUCGUACAAAUGUCGAUAGCGAAACGUAAACUAGAGGCUGAGUUUCAUACGUUAAUAAAGUUAAUUAAUUCGAUGCUCGUAUUUUUGAAGUAGGAUAGUAAGAAAACAAAAGCGAGCGUCGUUAAAAUCAGGCGCGGGAAAGUUUGUUUUUCAACUUGUAAGAAAAGCACAUUUGUUUUCUAAUUUAAGUAUUUAUAUUUCAAAGUGAUAUUAGGGAAUAUCGUCAUUACGAUGAACAACAGAUGUAAUUCGUAAUUAUUUUUGUACCAGAUUAGUAGAAACAUUCUCUUUCUAAGUCUACCCGUGUAAAUACGAGAGUAAUAAUUAUAUUAUACCAUUCGCAUGGCUAUUAGUGUCGCAUGGCUAUUAGUUUAGUCUUCCAUUCGUCUUAACUUCCAUCCAUCAAAGCGGAGAUGUUAGAUUCUGAUUUUGUUUUUCUUCUUUUUGUUUUUGCAGAAUUUUGAACGGUUCCUAUUCCAAUGCAGAAAUGUCAAAGACUAAGCAAUGAUUAUCGAAUUAAGUUGAGACCUCUGCUAAUUGUCGUAUGCAAUCGAAGCGUAAUCGACAUCGAGUUUAUUUUACAAAUUAUUCAUAUAUAUAUUGUAAGUUACUAUUUUAUAUAAACAUACUUGUCUAUAUUUGUUACAUUGAAGCUUGAUUGUACAGCCAGACUGCAAUCUAUAUUGAAUUUAAUAAACAACGAGCAAAUUCAAUUUUAAUCAUUAACAUUAUUUGAUGUCACAUAAGAGCGCUACACCUCGUAACGUCCAGUGCCUAGGAUUGUGAUCGGUCUCGAAAUCUAUCGAUCCGAUAUACUUGGAAUCGGUCCUCUGAGGUUUCCUGUAUAUAGGACACUCGUAAAGCUUCGGGUCCUUCCCAGCAGUUGUGUUUAUCGCGUAAAUGUAGAUCACCGGCAUUUGUUCGUACAGAACCUUCGGCUUGCUUUCUACUAAUUUUCUCGUUUUCCGAUCGAGCGAUGCACCCUCCAAGAACAAUCCAUGUACGUAGACACCCUCCUGUGGCUGAUUUUUUAUGUCCUCCUUGUUGAAUCUUGUAAUCAAAUUUUGUAACACGACAGAGUCAAGGGCCCAUCCUUUGUGCGCUCGAGUCACCUCCUACGAAUUUUUAAUAAGUAUAAAACGAAAUUCAUUUCCGAGUUUGUUUAAAUGUUGUUUGUUUCCAUUUUUAAGGUUCCACAGUGGCUUAUGAAGAAAUUAUUCUUAUUUCAACGGAAUAACUCGACGUCCGUAUACUUUCAUGAGCGACUGUAUAUUGAAUUUGUAACUAACUUGUCGCAUCGCAGUUAGAAAUCCUUGAGGAUUGAAGAAGCCGGUCAUCCAGAAGACCUUGGGUCGGCCGUGGAUGCACCAUUGCCUGAACUGGUGGUCCCGCUCUAAGAGUUCUGUGUACCAAAACCCAAGCGUUGCUGAUUCCCACGAGAUUUUCAACCACUUUUCUGGAAUCCGGGCGUCGUACAUAGCGUCGAGAGACUCUCGCAAGCCUUGGCUCAUCACGAUGGUACCGUCGAUGGCCAGUUUCAAAUCCGUCAACGUACGACGUACUUCGUUGAUUACUCUCGAGAUUCUAAAUAAAAUAAUAAAAUAUUAGAAUA